UUGAGGUUAGGGUGCAUUAUGCAACACGUUCAUGCUAGAAAAUGAGCGCUGGAAUUUCGUUUCCCUACCCUUUUUAACAACCUUACGUAGCAAUAUACCAGUGGUUGUGCACUGAAAACCCUCAGAAGAGGGCACUUGUAAAAUGUCUAUCAGGGCCACUUGCAUCUGAAAACAAACCAUGAGUGACCUGGCAUGCAUUCUAGCUGAUUUUGUUAGGCGCAAGUUUACAUUGGUUUGUCUGAUGACAAGGGAAAAUUUCUUGCUUUGUACUUUUGUGUAUAGAAGUACCACGUGGCAAGUUGCUUUUUUCUUUGCACUGUUGUAGCCCAUAGACAUUGUGAACAGAGUGGCACAUUAAUAAAUUUCCAAUUUUUAUUUGCAGGUCUAUCUCUCUUGGAUUGUCUUGGAGCAAAUACAGCGAAUUUGCACAUUGCUACUUUGUGGAAUGAAGCACCCACCAGUCAAGCCAACUUAUGGGCCUGUCCCAAAAGCCAUUCAAGUCGAAGAAGAGGUCCUUGGCUGUGAAGACUCCGUGGGUGAACACUUUUCUGAAAGCGACUUGUUCAACAUGUGGCAGCAGAUGGCGCACCAGCACCGAGAGGAGUUUCAGUGGGGCGCUGAGAGGCAUGAAAGGACGCACACAGGCGAAAAGCCCUUCAGCUGCCACAUCUGUCACAGAGUGUUUGCCGUGAAGGGUAACCUGCAGGUUCACGAAAGAAUUCACACGGGUGAAAAACCGUUCAAGUGCCAGAUUUGUCAGAAGGCGUUUUCACACAAAAGUACCCUGCAGGCUCACGUGAGGAUUCAUACGGGCGAGAGGCCGUUCAGGUGCGAGAUUUGUGAGAAGGCAUUUGCGAAAAGCAGUGACUUGACGCGUCAUGAAAAAGUCCACAUUGGAGACAAACCAUACAGGUGCGAAACGUGUGGGGCCGCGUUCAGACGGCGGUUCCAGUUGAGGUGUCACGAGAGACUUCACUAUAGAGACUCGUUACUUCAUUGUGAGCAGUGUGGAGAAAAGUUUGUGCAGGGAACUCAUUUAAAUGCACAUCAGAAGGACCAUCAUCCAUGAGGGACGUCCAUCGGAAUGUAAUGAAUGGUGUGGUUCAACAUAGUUGCACAGUGUCAUUUUACCCUUUUAUUCGAGACCAUCUUGGGUCAAAACCACAUGUUAACUGGUUGCUUAUUUCAUGAAUCGUCUAUGAUCUACCAAUACUCGCUGCCGUUAACUCUCUGGAGUCAGGAAUGCAAAUGGAACCAUCACUAAUAGAGAACCAAAAGGUCACCAUUGCAAUGAGCAUGUACCAUAUUUUCUGGUACAUAAAUCACACAUGUGCAUUAGUCGCGCUGCAAUAUAAAUGGCUGUUUUCAUGAAAACUUUGGUAUAAAGGCCGCCCCUUCAUACAAGUCGCACUGAUAUAUUUGUAUGAUUGGCACAACAGAUAUUAAUUGAAAAUCCCGCAUAUGUGUGUUAUGAUUGCAAUAUGUCUGCAAGUAAGAGCAAGUUUCAAUAUAACCGUCACCGAACUAAACGAGAGAUGUAACUCCUCUGGCAAAGUUUCAUAGUUAACCUUUUGGGGUCAUGUGAGUUUUCCCCUUGUUGGCCCCUCAGGUCAGAAUUAGUUUAUGCAAAAGUGAUACAAGCAACAAGUAACUUCAAAUUUAACAUUUUUAUUUUAAUAUAGUAAUAUGUUCAAUUGAAAAUAACUGCAUUCUCCUGGGUGCUUUUAGUUCUUGAAAUGCUAGCGGUACUUGCGCAGCAUGUGGUACUUUUUAAAGCAAGUGCCAAGGUGCAGGCCAGGUUGAUGAGUGCAGGUUUUGCAGUAGAACACUGUUCCGCGCCGUUGCCCCUUGGUUUUUCUGUCGCUGCAGACGGCGCAGUCCUUGCUUUUGCUUCCAUCAAGUUUAUAAAUAAAGUGGUUCUUUCCGCUCAGUC